CAUUUGUGAUAUCUCCGAAAUUUCGAUAAAUAUAAAAAAUAAUAACAAUAACAAAGUAAAUAUACUUCGCAGUUCAUCAGCAAGAGAACAGAUCUUUGACUAUGAACUCAGAAGCAAACGGCGGGGAGUCGCCGGCGCAGGGAUCGAGUGGGAAAGCUAGCUCGGCAUCGUCGGCGGACAAGCAAAAGGAGAAGGCGAGAGUGAGUAGAACUUCGCAGAUCCUAUGGCACGCUCAUCAGAACGAUGCAGGCGCCGUCCUUAAGCUUCUCGAGGAAGAUCAAUCUUUGGUUCACGCUAGGGACUAUGAUAACCGUACGCCUCUCCACGUCGCUUCACUCCACGGUUGGGUCGAAGUCGCCAAGUGCCUUAUCCAUUAUGGAGCCGAUGUCAACGCCCAAGAUCGAUGGAAGAAUACGCCUUUAGCUGAUGCUGAAGGAGCUAAGAAACGUGACAUGGUCCAGAUAUUGAAAUCGAAUGGUGGAUUAUCUUACGGCCAAAGUGGAAGCCAUUUUGAACCAAAGCCGGUUCCACCCCCUCUACCAAACAAGUGUGACUGGGAAAUUGACCCUUCUGAACUGGACUUUUCAAAUUCAAAUAUCAUAGGGAAGGGAUCAUUUGGUGAGAUUUUGAAAGCCAGUUGGCGAGGAACUCCUGUAGCUGUCAAACGCAUUCUUCCAUCACUUUCAGAUGACAGAUUGGUGAUUCAUGAUUUCCGACAUGAAGUGAAUUUGCUUGUAAAGCUCCGCCAUCCUAAUAUAGUUCAAUUUCUCGGAGCUGUCACUGACAAGAAGCCUCUUAUGCUAAUUACUGAGUACUUAAGAGGGGGUGAUCUUCAUCAGCAUCUCAGGGAAAAGGGUGCACUUCAUCCAGCAACAGCCAUCAACUUUGCAAUGGAUAUUGCUAGGGGUAUGGCUUAUCUUCACACUGAGCCAAAUGUCAUUGUUCAUCGAGAUCUAAAACCCAGGAAUGUGCUUUUGGUCAACUCAAGUGCAGACCAUUUGAAAGUUGGAGACUUCGGACUGAGCAAGCUCAUCAAAGUACAAAAUUCUCAUGAUGUGUACAAAAUGACUGGCGAGACCGGGAGUUAUCGUUAUAUGGCUCCUGAAGUUUUCAAGCACCGGAAAUAUGAUAAAAAGGUUGAUGUUUUCUCUUUCGCAAUGAUACUUUAUCAGAUGCUUGAAGGAGAACCACCAUUGUCAAAUUAUGAACCUUAUGAAGCAGCUAAGUACGUCGCUGAUGGACACCGACCUAUUUUUCGAUCAAAAUCAUACCUUCCUGAACUGAGAGAAUUAACGGAGAAGUGUUGGGCUGCUGACAUGAACCAAAGGCCUUCCUUCUUGGAUAUACUCAAAACCCUGGAAAAGAUCAAGUAAACUGCACCUUGAACAGAUCAUUAUCGGAAUAUAUUCAACACACGACAUUCAAAAGCACUUCGAUGAAACCGACGAUGCCCACCCCAUUCCUUCCGGUCACCUCCGGCUCUACCGGACGAUAUUGUGAAUACCGAUAAUAAAUUUCUUUUUUCU